GAGAGAGAGAGAGAGAGAGAGAGAGAGAGAGAAUUCCUCUGGAUUCCCGAGGGAAAAAAAUAUUCUUUGUAUCUGUGACUGUCCUUUAAGCCUCCUCCUCCCACCCUUUCUCCCUACUUCUUUCAGUCUGUCUGCCUGUCUAUGUAUCUAUCCAUGUAUUUGUCCGUACCAAGAAACAUUCCUAGAAGCUACAUAUUUGCAAGAGCCGGGAAGAAACUAGAGGAUGCUUAAAUUUCCACAGUGACACGAAUUCUGACAGCCCAGGGGAAAACACACUCACACACACUCACACAUACACACAACAAUCAAAAUCCACCUGUCACAGCGACAGAGGCUCGCGGGCGGGAGAGAGGCACCCAAGAGAAGAGAGAGCCACAGGCCGACUUGAUCAGAGCCAACAAACCCCUUCACUCCAGGACUGUCAGCAUGAGCAAGCCGGCGGGAUCAACAAGUCGCAUUUUAGACAUCCCCUGUAAAGUGUGUGGGGACCGCAGCUCUGGAAAGCACUAUGGGGUAUAUGCCUGUGAUGGAUGCUCGGGGUUUUUCAAACGGAGUAUCAGGAGGAAUCGAACAUACGUCUGCAAAUCUGGAAACCAGGGAGGCUGCCCAGUGGAUAAGACGCACAGAAACCAAUGCAGGGCUUGUCGCUUGAAGAAGUGUUUGGAAGUCAACAUGAACAAAGAUGCUGUACAGCAUGAGCGAGGGCCCAGGACCUCUACUAUCCGAAAGCAGGUUGCCCUGUAUUUCCGCGGCCACAAGGAAGAGAACGGGGCAGCCCCUCACUUCCCUUCCGCAGCCCUGCCUGCCCCGGCUUUCUUCACUGCAGUCACGCAAUUGGAGCAACAUAACCUGGAGCUGGCGGCCGUGUCCGGCACCCCGGAGAGACAAACAUUGGUGGGGCUGGCCCAGCCCACGCCCAAGUAUCCCCAUGAGGUUAAUGGAGCCCCCAUGUAUCUCUAUGAAGUGGCCACUGAGUCUGUAUGUGAAUCAGCAGCCAGACUCCUUUUCAUGAGCAUUAAAUGGGCCAAGAGUGUUCCAGCCUUCUCCACUCUGUCCUUGCAAGAUCAGCUGAUGCUUUUGGAAGAUGCUUGGAGAGAACUGUUUGUUCUAGGAAUAGCACAAUGGGCCAUUCCAGUUGAUGCUAACACUCUACUGGCUGUAUCUGGCAUGAAUGGUGAAAAUACAGAUUCCCAGAAGCUGAGUAAGAUCAUCUCUGAAAUCCAGGCUUUGCAGGAGGUAGUGGCCAGAUUCAGACAACUUCGGCUGGACGCAACUGAAUUUGCCUGUCUCAAAUGCAUUGUCACUUUUAAAGCUGAGAGCCACGGUCUUCUUUCAUGCUGGACCAGCUUUGCAUUUCAUCGCUGCUUUAUACCGUUGCACCCACCUGGAGGUCAACUGACCGACUGGUUCCUGAUCUCUUUUCUAGUACCUACACACAGUGGUUCUGAACUGAGAAGUUUCCGGAAUGCCGCGGCCAUUGCAGCACUUCAAGAUGAAGCUCAGCUAACACUUAACAGUUAUAUCCACACCAGGUAUCCCACUCAACCUUGUCGAUUUGGGAAACUCCUAUUGCUUCUGCCAGCCUUACGCUCCAUUAGCCCAUCUACAAUAGAAGAAGUGUUUUUCAAAAAAACCAUUGGCAAUGUGCCAAUUACGAGACUGCUUUCAGAUAUGUACAAAUCCAGUGAUAUCUAAUCUCUGCUGAAUAUUCAUGGUCUUCAGGAUGGACAGUGUCAGAUGAACUUUUACCUUUGGAGAACAAGCCUCAACUAACAAAACCUUCAGGAAGCAUAAACCUGGGAAUGUGUAGCCUUUGGAGGAAAAAAAAGUAAAAGAAUUAAUUGGCACAAGACUAUUCCAGUAGAUAUGACCUGCUGCCUCUACAGAAGAUUGUAGAUCUGAAGAAAAGGCAUUGCUUGAUAGGACACCCCGAGUGGAGAGAACUCAUCAAUUUCCCUUCUCCCUGGGAGGGGCUCACGACUGUGGUUGCCACUGGCCAUGCUAUUCUAUCACUCACCAAGAAGAUGAUUCUGAUAUAACAAAAGCCAAAAUACAGUAUUUCAUUUUUCCUUUUCAGUAUAUGAAGUUGGAUUACCAAAAAUUACUCUGGAGGUAAUACAAUGUACUGCAGCCUUCAGAAAGUAACUUAAGUUGACAAAUUUGUUCUGAAUACAGUGGGCAACAUUCUAAAUCAAAUACUUCACCAAACACUUUUCUUCUGUUGUAAGACAUUGUCAAGUGGCCUUCAUUAUGAAUUGAAAAGUGUUUUAUGUUAUUGAUUAUCUCCCCCCCCCUUUCUUUUGGCCAUUGAAGGCCAGGCAACCCUAUCAAAUCAACUGGUGAACAUAGAUGACUCUCUCAUCAGGACUGCAGUUUGGAUAACAUCUCAAAGACAGAAGACUUUUGCAAAAAGAAUACAAGUCAAAGAAGGAAGAAUAAAACAGCAAAACCAAAUAAAGCAGAGAUGUCUCUCUGAGUGAGCUGAUUGCUGUCCCGUUGGCAUAGUGCUGAAACCAAAGGCAAUGGGGUCCGAACUCUUGGUCCAAUGAGACAUGCAGAACAGCAACUGAAUAUACACAGCACGCUAGAAUGAACUUCAAAGAGAUAGACACUAAAAGGUUUCUUAAUUGAUAAACUGCUAACAGUCUCUGAGACUCUACAAUGCCUUUCAGAAAACUUUGGGUCCUAAGUAAAGCCUUGUUCACACACACAUACACACACACACACACACACACACACAAUGUUACACUAUACGCUGCUUCUUUGAUAUGAGACUAUACUUAUGGAAAUGUAGAAACAAACAUUUGAAGAUAGCUGCUGUACUUUUCAUGUUUUGAUUUGUUAUUAGAUACUAGCCCUGAGAAAAAUCAGCACUUGGACUAUCAUAGGAUGAGUAAA